AUGAAUGUUCCACCCUCGUAUACAGAAGUUCGGUAUACACUUUGUUUUAAGAAUUUCCUUAUAAUCCAUUUGUUCGUAGAAAUACGACCCAAAAUGCCUCGACUUUAAAUGUAAGCCACCUUUUAUUAUUUUACUUAAUUUGAUUCGUAGCCUUUCGCUGCGUUUAUGAUGAGUAAGUUCCCUUGGCCAUUACCACCCUCUUCAAAGCCGAUGCCUACCCUCAGCACUAUCCUUACGCACCGUCGGUUCCUCAGGCGUGUUUGCCGGCAACUGGAAACUACACGUUCCCCUACUUCUGUGUGCAAACGAUGCCGGUUCAACAAACUGAUCAUUGCAUGAUUAAUUCUGCUCAGGCUGUCCAGUCAGAGACCACUCCUGCGGACACCACUUCUACGCACACCGCGCAACAGAAACGAACGCCCAUUGUUAUCAAGGACCCAACAACGGGGGAGGAAGUUCCCGUUUCCGACCUUAGCGCGCGCGUUAAUAAUUCACGAAAGGCAGAUGUGCAACAUGAACACCGGCCAUUAGUAGUUAAGGAUCCCCCCUUACACAUUACUGACAACAUACAUGAGCAGACACAUGGGGACCACCUUGUUCAAGAUUCUGAACGCUCGUCCACUUCCGAAGUCGAACAGCCACCAGAAUCGCCAAGUCAAGAAGAUCCUGAGGAACCGGACAAAGAGUUGCCGAAGGAUGAGUCCGAAAGUAGUGGCUCGGUAAGAGAAGAGGAAGAGGCGUCGAUUGCUCAGGACUCGGACGUAGAGCUUAAUGGCUCUAGCGCCAAUUCAGGUGAUUUGGAUGUCGGUGAGAAAGUCCGAAGAUAUGACCGUAAUGAGCUUAUUGCUCUGCGAAGGGUGAGCGAGACAACCGCUCCUAUUUUCCUGGUAUGUUUAAUGUUCAUUCUUAAUUCUUCCGGUAGACUCAGUCCGCCGUUUCAAUAAAUCAAGCCGAGAGGGUAUGUGUGAUAUUCAUGUUUCUCACGGUUUAGAGUUCAACUUGCUAUAGAAGGGAGAAGCAGCGGCGGUGUAUUACGCUAAAAACCAACGUAAAGUUGGAUGACGUCGAAAACGCCUAUAAACCGGCUCAUCUACGCGAACCAGAAUCGUCGACAGAGAAUCGAGUAGCAAAAAUAUCGAAGGAGCUGAAUAUAACUCUGAAUCGGUUACUGGACGAUAACAUCCAGGAAAUAGUCGAUGAAAUAAAGAAGUUGUCUAUCUCGGGUCGUGAGGAAAUUAGUGCACUAGUCGACGUCCUGACGGCUAAGGUAGGACAGCCGUUGUUUACUUGAAUUCCGUAGGCCACCAGACAGACUAAAUACAGCGAAGUGUUUGCACGACUGUGCUUGGAGUUGUCGCGCGUAAGUUAUGCUUUACGUGUUACCGUUCUAGGUUAAGCAACUGGACUCCUUCAGGGUUCUCCUUAUAACAGCUGUAAACAAGAUGUUCGGUACUCCUCUUGAGGUAUGACGUCUCAUCAAGAUUUUGAUUUCUUCAGACUUAUCUCUCCGAACUCAACGCAAAGAUAGACGCCAAGAUAGCGGACACAACAGACGAGAAAGUCAAAAAGAUGCUAGAAGAAGACCGAGAAACUGCCAUUUCGAAAAAGCGCGAUGCCUAUCUGGGCAUUAUACAGUUUUUCAGCCAUCUCUUCGUGUAUAAACUCAUCCCAGAGAAGAGUGCUGCUGAGUCCCUAAAGUCGUUUGCGAAACCUAAGAACCAGGACGAAGUUCUUGCGUUGUUAACUUGUUUGAACACCUGCGGACCCCUCCUCGAGUCUAGGCUUCAAAAUUUGCUGAAGGAGUGUAUUAGUGGCCUAGAAGCGGCCAAGAAAGAAGUGAAGAUGGAACAACACGUAGCCUAUAAGAUUGUGGCUCUCAUUGAGUUGAGAAACAGACAGUGGAAAAAGCAAGAACCGAUUUCUGUCCCACCCCAGCCUGUCUCACGAUCUUCUGACAGCCGUCGUGAUAUUCGUCAAAGACCGGUUUCGACGCACCCGAGUAAGUUUUUGAAUGCAAACGUCACUUUUCAAGGAAAGUCAAGCGACAUACAGAUCCCUGUUAACGUAAACGCCCUGACCGUUGGGGGACAGAAAACUGCCCGAAGUGAUAGCUUCUUGGGUCCUCGAAAUGACUGGACCAAGGGGAGCUCUGCUGCCUCUAGCACACUGAAUAGGCAAGUUAUUUCACAUCACUCACACUCCCCAAUAGACAAAGAGGGAACCGCUUCCAUGGGAUAGACAGUCUUCAUUCAGAUGUCAACAGCGAAUCGGAAAGCGGUAAAGAGUCAAGGGCCACAAGCAGUUCCACGAAGACACGUGUACCGCCUUCUAAAAAUCAAGCGGUUAGGAUAGAUGAGAAAAUGUCUGCCAGUGGAGCAGUAUCAGAAGCCCUUGACGCCUUUCGGAUGUCCGACUCUCCAUCGGUAAGCUUGUCUGCCAGUAUUUCGAGUUCUGUAGUAUGACCUUCCUCUUCGUGAGUCGGAGAAGGCGAGUUUUGUUUCAAAACUCCUACUAGGCAGUAUGGAGAAAAAAGACAAUGACAGGAAAAUGGCAACGGAUAUACUCGCUCACACUUACAAGAAAAAGCAACUUACGACGGAUCAAGUCUCUUCCGGGUAAGUCCUCCUACGUUACAAGACAUUGAUUUUUAAUGCUUCUUGCACGUAUUUCCCCGGCCUGUCGCAUGCUCAGACAUGCUCUAGCUAGCAUUCUGCCGAUGAUCACUGUUUCAAGAACUAGCAGUUAACUCAAACGUACUUCGGCGAUCCUUGGAGUCAUUUCGUCCGACUUGAGAUCAUGGCCAUACAUGUUAUUACUCAGCUAAACUUGAUCCAGUUGCCGGCUAUACUACGCCACUUCUAGUUGACGUAUCGAACCAUUCCGCCUUUUUCUUACAAUAAGCCUACCUCAUUCUUUCAAUUGUGGCGGACUUCUCAUUUGACAGAAUGUCCGGGCCCACAUGUUUCCGCACCCCGCGUGCUCGACCUGUGGACACCGGUUCAUGUGGCUGCUUGAUUAGUGCUCAAUCUUGGUCGUAGGUUUACUUAGUUUCAUGUAUACCAGUGAAAGAAAGAGGCCAGUCUUUUAAACUCUUGCUAGUUUUUUUUCACCUUACCUGUGCGCUUCCAACUUGCGUGUCAAUUAAAGCAGCCGCCUAAGGCUCGUAUCUGUCUGAUGUGCUCAUGGAGUAGUUUGAACCUACCACUUUAACGUUAGAUAACUGCCUCGCGAUUCCCGAGUUUCAAGUUGCCAACUUUAUCUUUCUAGCAUUGAACUUCACUUAAUUGUGCUACGUCGUGUAUGGGCCUCCAUGCACGCGGCCUCUGGAGGUGGAUGCAUGGAGUGCAUAAUCGCCGGGUUCUAGUCCUUAUUCACCAAAAUUGAUGGCUGUAAUGUUCAGAUCUGGCUUAUGUGGAACUUCGCCAUCCUAGGUCGAAAUAGCCAAAAGCGAACUCGGGGUGUAACAAUUCAGGGGCUGUGCGUAUUGCCCUCAACCCUGUUUGGGGUGGAUAGUCUUAACCGAAAAUCCGAUUCAAAUGUUCAAAAAACGUGGUUAAAGUUCCACUUAGAAAUGGUGAUCCGCCAAAAACAAUUAGUUGCUACGUUCGUAAUUAUGGGGAAAGGUUGCGUAGCCACCAGGACAGUGGAACAAGAGUGGCGGGACGCCUAUGGAUGUUGGAGCGAUCGGCUUUCACCGCACGUCACGUGCUGCUCCCUUUGUACACCCAGGGCAGACUUAAGAAAGGGUCUCGGACAAUAGUGAAGUGUUGCAAUAAAGGCCACAUUAGAUUGCCAACCUUCUGAGCCGUGUCUGCUAGCCCCUCGUAGUUUAAAAGCGCUUUGGUCUGUAAUGGUAGAAAGGGGUUUCAAUCCACGUUACGUCGCCUAAAUCCGUCCUGUGGUUCGUAUUAGUGACAAUCCAAACUGAGCGGAGGUGAAAUCUGACACGGCGGCUGAUCUGGUUUCAAGCAUUCAUCUACCGCGUUCCAUGCCCCAGUGUAGCUAGGUUAAGGUCUGGAUUGACGUCCUGUUUUGGUCCCCCAAACUACAGGCGUACAAGCACAAACCUCCCUAACUACUCCACGCCAAUACGCCCUCACAUCUUGGUUCCCGUUUUAUUUGCCACCAGGUGGACUGGCAGUUGUCAUAUCCAUCGUUAAACCAUUUACUCUAGCUAUCCGAAAGAUGUAUGUUUACUUCACAAGUAAUUCUGACCGUUGGUCAUAAAUUCCAUACACUGUUAUGUGUAUAUAACGUUGACAAUUUCAACUUACUGGCCGGUAAAGUCGGUUUUUUACCUUCGAGACGAUACUUUCAGGUCUAGUAUUCUCCCAAGAUCCUAUUGAAUUACCCAACACUGUCGCGAGUGAUAGUCUGGGCCUUCAUGACGGUCGGGCUUUUAUACCGUCCAGCUGGCAACAAUCCAGAAAAUUUUGUGCCUAAUCUGUCCGUCCCCACGCAAGGUAUGGCCUAAAGUUCCUUGGCUGAUGCAUCCGUAUCCUAUAGCCAAGAAAAGCGAGACAGACGCCAGAUCUGUUUUAUGGCCAUAUCUGUCGUUUCCGCCUCCUUAAAAAGUUGAGAAAUGCGGAGACUGAGUCAGUCGACCCGAAAUAGGGAAACGCCUGGCAUCAAUGUUUGGAAUAACUUGGAUUGAUUUACAAAUGAGGCUACUAACUGAACGACUGCACUCGGAGAUCAUGUGCCCUUUAUAGACGGGUGGAUUUUGCCGCACCUUUCUGCCUUGGGACAUCAAACGGUCUUGGCUUAUCGUAGAGAGGAUUAACUACGUUAUAGUUAUUUCGUCACGACGCUGUCCAGCUACUGCGACAAGUUUCAUAUUUAAGCGAAGCCUGUCACGGCACCAUCCAUUCCUCAGUCAGUACGGACGAAUCGCGGCAGAAAAUCUUCUAGGAAUUGCCGCGUAUGAUAUUUGAGCAAGUGCAAGUGAUGCAGGUGUCUCUUAUUAAGACUCACGAAGCAAAUUCACCUACAUUAACUGCAUUAAACAAGUUCAGAGAUCUGAUCGCGUAUUUUCGGUCACAGUCUCUUCAGUCGUGCGCAACUCCAAACUUGCUUAAGCUGUAGGGUGCUAUGGAUAGUCGUCGGUCCAGUGGCGCUGCGUUACGUUAUCCAGGGAAUCUUGUGUCAGCUAUCCUAGUUCCGCAACGUAAGGCACGAGUGCAUCCUUUUGGACUGCAUAAGACCACCUUACUGAUCUGAUAUUGAGAUGCCAACUAUGUGCUCCAUUCAAAGCAGACCGACAUCGCACAGAUAGCAACUGUUAUAUCUCGCAUCUUUAAUGCCACUAGUCGACCUUUUGCAUAGCGGCGGUGACAGCCAGCUUCCUUUAGCCCACUGUAUUACUUGCCCACGAGUCCGCCAAACGGUAGUUUGAAUCUAUUGAGCUGACUUCUACUUCUGAUAGGUUUUCGCAUAACGUGCAUAUUGUAUUGGCUUCGGGGCUGUCUUGGCAGGUAUAGCUUGCGUACGGGUGUUCAGACACUAUGCCCCCAGCAACCUGUAUCACCUGCACAUUAUCUGUAAGCUGCAAACGAAACUGCGACCACAGCUACUUCUUUAUGACCAACUUUACUCUUGAAAGACCGCAGUGGUCCUGCGUCGUAUUCUAUUUAGACAUGAAGCAAACUAGGGCCAGAAUCUGCAUUUUAAGCCCAAUGUUUCCGUCGUGUUUCAAAUCUAACUGGGCUUGCUUUGCGUGUUUGGGGGCGCCGCUGGCAGCAUUAACUGACGUUCUAGCUUGGGGUCGUGUCCGGCAUCUGAAUAAGACCCCCCCAUAUCCCCUUCCUGUUUAACCCUAUCUACCUGACGAGCCUAAUCAGCCGUUGUUCAAUGAAGCUCAACACAUCGUGGGGCCAGCCCUCCGGGGAAGCCGAUAAGGUGCAUCUGGUUUCUUCUUUGGCAUUCUCUAUAAGCCAUUCCCGCUCUGAAUUCACCAUCAUUCGAUCGACUAGACUGAUGUUGGUCAUUUUUUUUGCCCGCAGGUUUUCCGAAUUAUUUGCCGAUUGCGACGAGGACUUCCUGGUGGACUGUCCAAAGGGCGAUACUUAUAUAUCAGAGUUCCUGACUGCUCUAGUAAACGAGUCUUCUAAGGAUCUUAGUUUGAUUGUCGCCAUUCUCUCCGAUUUGCCAGACGAUCGAAAAUGUUCAAUUUUGGCAACCUGCCUUAGUUUGUUGUCAAAACGGCUUGGAGAAGAAGCAGUUUCUUCAUUGUUUUACAAUUCAUCUAUUUCAUGGCCGAAUUUCCAAUCACUUUUUGAAAGUUUCGCGUCGAAGCACGGCAUCGCUUUUUUGUCAAGUGCCAAACGUCCUGCUGGGAUAGAAACUCGCAAGCAGGAGUCGAAAGAGGACCCCUUGUUUAAAAAAGUCCCCGAACUCCUUCAGAAUCGCGAUUACGAGCCUCUGCGGACGAUUUUUCAGGAGUUAGCUACCUCGUCAAGUACAGAUGUGUUGUGGCAAGUCGUCGGAAGCGCCAUGGCCACCCUUCAAAGUAAGUUUGCGGAUGUGGCAUUUUGUGAGGAAGUUGUACUCACUCAAACCUUUUAUAAAAUGCACUGCAGUUCUCGUGGACAUGCUUUGAUAACUCUCCCACCCGUACUUCAGGCCUGUAUAGAAUUUUGCUUUCGGAUAGAAUUCUCGGCCGAUCAGUAAUUAUUGGCGCGGUGUUUUCCGUUUCUGCCUCGGCGCCUCGUGUUCGAACGGCGUCCUAUCAUCUCUCUGUUCUGCUACUGAACGGCGGCCUAUCUGGUAUACCGCGUCUGUAGCCAACUAUUUAUAGUUGUAAACGUACAGAUAUAGCACGAUUCCUUACGAAAUCGGGCUUGUGCUUCGUCAAAAACUCGUACGAGAGUAAGCCAUCUUCUGAACAAAAUUUCCAGACCUUACGUAAGUGUGUAUAGAACUCUUCUGCUAUUGGUUAAGGAGUGGUUCUACCGAAGCCCUGAGACCAGACAGAAGAUACACCAGUAGUUCCCAACCCCCAACGAAUUAUCCACGAACGCAACACCAGGUGCAAGUGACUGUCCUGGUUGAAGCAAUAAGAGAUACGACAUAAUGCCCAGCUUUUGGAGUUUAUCGACGAAAGUUUUACUGUAAAGUUUUCCAAACAGGCCUGUUGCUCUUGGCCUAAGAGUAAUGUUACUUAGAGUAUACUAACUAACACCGCUAGUUACCUAGUCCCACUUUGCAUUCCAGGUGCAGGCUGUCUUAGACUCAUUCUUUAAUUUUAAAUCCGCUCUCUUUUUAUUUAUGAAAGCGAGUCUUAUCUGUAAAACUCAACUCGAAGCGGUUUUUUUAAACGCCCAGGUCUGUUGUCGGGGUAGUUUCUUAGUGCCUUGGGAACUAGACCUCUUACGUGGGAAUUACUUUUUUCCUAAUUUUUAGGUGCAGAUCGUAAGGAUAUCGACGAAUUCGUCCAAAUCCUUAAAGUUGUCGUUGAUCCUUCGUCAGAUAUGGAAAUUAAGUUGCUAUCUACCUUGCAGGAGGUUUUGCCAGGUCAGUAAUGUUGCGAACUUGUAUUUUUGCUUUCGAAUUGCAAGCACGGUUUACCUCUACACGAUUCAGGUCCCCGAAAACCUUAGGUUUGACAGUCGUACUUCUACGUCCCUAAAAUAACUGGCCGUCUGUAAUGUUUACCUAGACCGUAAUACGUUGUUUCAGGUUCUAGAAGGUUCGGCAAAAUAACUAAACGCCCUAUUGCCUUAUUAGAUUUAUUGGUUGCCCCGAGUUCCCCACAAUGGACUCCAUCUUAAUAAUUGCUCUGGUUCUCAAGCGCUGCGCUUAUCACUCGUCAGUACUCUUACAGCUCAUAACUUCCCUUUUCUGUUUAAGUCAUUCCAACCACUCGGGUUCUGUGUUGCGUCUUAAUUACAAAGAGUACAGAACUUGUAAGCCACCGUUUGCCCUACUUUCGAUACGUUCAAUAUCUUGUAUUUUAGCGAGCGACAGCUAUCGCCAAUUUUUGCAGUCGCUUCUGCAUUUCAAGGUGAUCAGUCAUGAAAGCUUGACUACCUGCCUCACCAAAUGGCCGACGGAACACAGAGAUAUUGCCAAGAAGGUCGUUCGGAAAGGCCGGUGA